CUGUAGCCCAUCGUUAGUCCUCAGGAUACUCAAUGAAGCUUCUACUCACAGGUGCAACCGGCGUUGCUGGCCUUGCCGUAUACCGCGCAGCCCUCCAGGAUGCUGCCGUCACACAUAUAACCAUUCUAUCGCGCCGUCCCGUCCCUUCCUGGGCCGUCCUUCCGCCUGACGCGCCUGCCAAGACGACGGUCAUAUUGCACAAGGACUUUCUCUCCUAUCCUUCGGAUCUCGCGCACCAGCUCGCUGGGAAUGACGCAUGUGUAUGGGCCCUUGGACGGAGCGUAAUUGGCAUGAACGAACGGGAUUACACAGAGAUGACACAUGACUAUCCCAUGGCGGCGCUGCGUGCGCUAGUCGACGCCGGGGUUGGCGAGGGACGGCCGGACGGUAGGCCGUUCCGGUUCGUUUACAUCAGUGGGGAGCAUGCAGAUCCGUCAGGAACAUCUACGCGGAUGUGGGCCCGGGUGAAGGGAAAAGCAGAGGUGGACAUCGCUGAGCUCUCCGACUCUGUGCCUAAUGUAAAGGCGCACAUCCUUCGUCCAGGCUACUUCUUCCCGCCGUCGGAGUACCCGGAGGACCGCAAGCAUCAGCGCUCCAUGAUAGCAGGCAUGUUCGACUACGUCGGCACACCACUUAUGAACUGUUUCAUUCCGUCCUUGAUUGCCCCCACAGGGGAAUUGGGGUCGUUUGCCCUGGGGCUGGCACAGGGACGCUGGCCCGGGCAGGUAAUUUUUCGCAAUGCGGAGAUGAGGCAGUUAAUGAAGGCGACAUCGGAGUAGCUUCUGUCUCAUUUUGUGCCAUCACACGUUCGCGUUCCUGUCUGCUUGCGGUUUGGUUGUCAUCACGCGAAUUACGAUACGCUGCCAUCCAUAUCGUGAAUGGACCUUUUCGAUUUUAUGUCUGACUUC